UCAUUGGUUGGCGCGACAAUAUAAAGUUCCGCAGUGAUUCCCUCAUUGACUGCUGCUCUGCCUCGCUCACUCACUCACUCACUGGCUGACUGACUGACUGACUGGCUGACUGACUGAGGAAGAAGAGCAGAAACACAGCCGACUACAGAGAGGAUUUACAGAACUUUAUCGUUAUUAUUCCCACUCUUAUUUCUUCGUGCUAGUCUGUCCGUUUAAAUCAUCUGCACCAUGAAGGAAAGAAGACUCCCGCAGCCUUUUGUAGCGAGGUGUAAACUCGUGCUGGUCGGGGACGUCCAAUGCGGUAAAACCGCGAUGCUACAAGUCCUGGCCAAGGACUGCUAUCCAGAGACUUACGUCCCCACUGUGUUUGAAAACUACACCGCCUGUCUGGAGCUUGAAGACCAGCGUGUUGAACUCAGCCUUUGGGACACAUCAGGUUCCCCAUACUACGACAACGUCAGACCCCUCUGCUACAGCGACUCCGAUGCAGUGCUCUUAUGCUUCGACAUCAGCCGACCAGACACAGUAGACAGUGUGCUGAAGAAGUGGAAAGCAGAGAUCCAGGACUUCUGUCCCAGCACCCGGAUCCUACUAAUAGGCUGCAAGACAGACCUGCGCACAGACGUAUGCACGCGCAUGGAGCUGUCCAAUCAGAAACAGAGCCCCAUCUCCCAUGAACAGGGUUCGUCCCUGGCCAAGCAGCUUGGAGCAGAGGCUUACCUGGAGUGCUCAGCCUUCACAUCCGAGAAGAGCAUCCACAGUGUUUUCCGUACUGCGGCUCUGGCCUGCAUGAACAAACUCCAGGCUGCCAAUAAACCCAGUCCCGUCCGCCGCCUCUCCAAGAGACUCCUACACCUGCCCAGCAAGACAGAGCUGCUCUCCUCCACCUUUAGCAAGGACAAGUCCAAGAGCUGCUCCAUCAUGUGAAUACUAAGGGAGCAUGCUGGGGGGAAAAAUAAAGCAAGGACAAGUAGGUGAUUCAGCAGGGGGGUGUGCAAGGGAAAGAAGGAAUGAUUUCUACAAUGCAUUUCUCUCCUUUGCAACAUCCUCCUCGUCAGCCACUGAAAAAAAAACACACUUCCUACACUCUCUAUAUUCAACUCUGACACUGGACUUUUGAUCACCAGCACAACAGUACAGAGACAGAGUGAAAAAAGUGUUGAUGUUGAAAAUAUUUCAGCUGUACAAAUUUUAAGGCCUGUUUAAUUCCUUACAUAAAGGUUGCUGUGAGAGCUUAAAUAAGGUCAGUGACUCCUCUUUCCCAAGUGGUUGUAAACACUGCAUUUGACUGCAUUACCCAGAUGAAACUCAUUAGAAAUUUUGAUAGCGCAGCCCUUCCUCAUCCAUCUCUUCAUCCGAAUGUCUCUUUAAGGUCACGGUAUGGGCUGAAGUGAAGAGAUGAAAUGUAUAAAUCUGACAGUGACAGGAAGUGGUACCUACAGAAAUGCGGCUCGGGGAAUUUCAAACAGCAGUUCCUUGUAUAAAUUAUUCCCCCAAUUCCCCUUCACAGUAUUUUGUUUGG